GUUUGAGUAUAAAAGGUGCUGGUGGGUUCUUGGUAGAACCAUAAGCAGUUCAGUGUUCAAACAUCUCAAACAACCAACUCAAACCACCAAAAACCUCUCUCACAAUGAAGGUCGCCAUUCUUGCCGUUGUCCUUGCCCUGGCCGUCGCCUCGGAAGCUAGCUGGCUGGCUGGUCCAUGGGGAGCCACCGUUGUCCAGGCUAACAACCCGUGGCCGGCUGCUCACUGGGCUGGAGCCCCAUGGGGUGGAGCUUGGCCAGGUGCGGCCUGGGCUGGAGCUUACCCGUAUGCUGGAGCCGCCCACUGGGCUGGAGCUUACCCAUAUGCCGGUGCCCACUGGGGUGCCCCAGCUGCCUCGGUUGCCCACCAUGCCGGAGUUGUUCCCGGAGCUACCUCGGUGACCGCCACCCGUGGUGCCGUCCAUGUUGCCCCGCUGGCCGGACAUGCUGUGUCCCAGAAGCAACUGAACCUUGCUCCUGCCCCAGGAACCAUCUAAGAUGCCAAAUAGCGAUCAUCAACCACCUUACGCCAUCACCAAACCCAUCCAUCAAAUGUCCUUACAGGAUCACAGCAGGAAGAUGCUCAAGAUGACCACCUCAAAACAAACGGAUGAAAUACAACUGCCAUGCAUAGAAUGAUGAAACCGAAGUUCUGUGUAGUACGAUUUACUGUGAAUAUAGAUAGAGGAAUUUAUUUGCCUGUGUAAAUAUAUCAAACUCUCAAAACGUAA